CAGCUUUGUACCGUGUGUGUGUGUGUUUCAGCGUAAAACUCGAGUGAGUCGACGGCGUCCUCCGCUUCCCACAGCGAGCCACAUCGUGGUGGAAGGCUCAGUCCGCAGAAUAAAACCCGCGUUUAUGUGGACAAGUUGGAAGUUUAGCCACACCUCGAUCCAUCGCUCCUGGUGCGCUUGUUUGUGUGCCGGCGCGUCCCGGCGGUGUAACCGGAGAGGGGCCUCACAGGGAAUGCGGGACUGCAAUGGAGCACAAUGCGAUCCAGUGGCUCGGCGCCCCCUCCUGCCAUCGGGGAAGUUUCACCUUCUACAAGUCGGUGAGCAGUAGAACUGGUCCUGACAGCCCGGUCCAAGUGUGGAAGCUCGGCGAGUUCUACUUCAUCCGCUGGAGCCCCGAGGAGUCGCCAUGUAUCGCGGAGGUGACUCUACUCUGGGAGGAGAGGACACAGCACCACCUGCUGGCCAGUGCUCGUCUCUACUACCUGCCAGAAGACACGCCGAAGGGCCGGACUCGGGAGCACGGCGAGGAUGAGGUUCUGGUGGUAGCCAGAAAAAUGGUGGUCCGGGUGGAGGACCUGGUGCGCUGGUCAUGUGGACAGCCCUCAGAGUGGAGCAGCAGUCUGAAGCUGAGGACGCCCAAAGCCGACGGAGCUGAAACCCAGUCGGCUGCGGAUGCGGGCAGCAUGGUCGGCAAGCCAUUGAAAGAAGAGCCGGGCGAACUUCGUCGGGUCAAAGUGCUCAGCUACCCGCAGUAUUGUCGGUUCAGGUCCCUCCAGAGAAGGAUCCAGGACGCAGCCAGUGGUCCGUCUCUUGAAGAUGUCCACCUCCUGGCGCUGGGUGGCCUCCGACUGCAGCCCAACACUCGGCUGAUGUACUGCAGGGAAAUGUUUCACCACCCGACACUGGAGAACAGCACCAGCUUCUCCUGGCAGUUCAGAAGUCCUUCCCUCAGCCUUCGCGGACGCCCUCGGAAAAAGACCAACCGGGACAGCCGAGAGUCUCCGAGUCAGCCGGACUCCUGGCUCGAGAGGAUGAAGGAGAACGUGAUGGGUAGCGUGGAGGUUGGUUCUGAAGGAGGCUGGCUCCCGGAUCCUGAGGAGCAGCUGUUCCUGGAUCAGCUAUUCGCCUUCAUGGAGCAUCUGGGCUCACCCAUCCACAAGGUCCCAAACCUGGGAUUUAAAAAGAUCAAUCUGUUCCUCAUGUACUCGGUGGUGAAGCGGCUCGGUGGCUACGACAGGGUGACGUCGGAACGCUUGUGGAAGGUGGUGUACAAUGAGCUGGGGGGCUGUCCCAGCAGCACCAGCGCCGCCACGUGCACCCGCCGACACUACGAAAGGUUGAUGCUUCCGUACGAGCGCCACCUGGGAACUGGCGGAAAGCUUGAGGAAAUCCCAGAAUCUUCCAUUUCCAGAAAACCCAAAGGGGUCAGAGGUCGAAAACCAUUUCCAAGGGGAAGAAAACCAGGCUCUAAACCCAAGAUUGACGCUGCUCCUUCAGUGAUCAGGAACCCAGACGGCAGUGUGGUGGUGAAGCGAGGCCGCGGGCGACCACCGGGAAAACGCAACAAGUCCUCCGGGCUGAACAAGGUGGCGCUCCCUCAGUGGGGCUUGCUCCCACCUCGGGCUAUAGCUCCGACCACGGCCCUCAGCAACCCACUCCAGGUGUCGAAGCCGUUCCAAGCUGCCAUCUUCCCCACCCACGUGCCGCUGACCCCUGACCUCUCACCGAUGGCGUCUCCUUUCCUCCCGUUCCAGACCAAAGUAGUCGAGCACAAGCCGGACCCGGCCCGGAAUGUGGCUUCGGGUGUGUUGCUCCCCACGCUGCCGUGUCAUGUGAUCAGCGGGUCUUUGGACAACUUCAGCCCUCUCAAGAGCGUGUGCCCUCUGGAUGUUCUGACCAACCGUGCCGGCCUCAAGAAGGGUCCGGCCUUGACGGCUCAAAACCCGACGCAGGACCACCUGAACAUUUACAACAUCAAGCCGACACAGGAGACCCCGCAGUCCCCCCGACACCAGACUCUGCAUCAGCCCCACCUUCUGCACCAGCAGAACAACAAGGACAGCAGGACCCGACCUCCAAUGCCCCCUCUUCGGGUCUUACCUCUGGAUCUUGACUGCAGUGUUCAGGUCCGACAGUUAAUGAGAACUCGUUUGGGUUCUUCUCAGUUCCAGACCUUCACUCGCCGACUGUCUGAAGCCCUGUCACAGGACAUGAGCCCCAAGAACCCGCCAUCUCCCAUCACUCCUCCCCCUGACCAGUCGCUGCCCCUCAACCUCAGCAAGAGAUUCCUGGGGAAGAGACCCAGCACGGACGGCCAGGGGCAGCAGACAAGCCCAACUAGCCCCACAAAUAAGAAGGUCAAGAGUGGCACCACAGAGCCGCCUGAGAGCAUCGUCUCCGGAGGAACUGGCAAAGAGGACUCCAAUGUUGUGGUGAAGGACCAGGAGGAACCAGCUGACCUCAGUUCUCCCAGCCGUAUCAGGGCCUUUCUGCUGGGUCUGCCACCGUUCCAGGUUAAACUGGAGGAAGAUCUGAAUGGAAUGAGGUUAAGUAAAUUUUUGUCUGCUGAACCUGGGCUGGCAGUGGAGAACUUGGUGAGCAAGGAGGAACUGGAAGCGAAUGAGGUUAAGGAAGAGGUGGCGGCGGGCGCUAGUGGCAACCAACAUCUGGACCAGAAGGACCCGACUUCUGUGGACUCUACAACCAUUCAGGUGGAGUUUGUCAAAGGCGACGAGGUGGAGCGGGGUAGGGAGGUUCUCCUGGAUGAGCAGACCACUGUUCUCACCCAGUCUGGUUCCCUGGUUCUGACCCAGCAGAGCUGAGGUGAACUGAGUCAAAGAAAACUAAGUGAAACACUAAAACCAUGAUGGUGAUGAUGACCACGUAGGUCUUCAACAGCACAGGAGUUCACACCAGUUUUUUGAUUGACACUCAAGAGUCGCGCCUGGUGUCACUGCUCCAGGGUCCCACGGCAGAAUGUCAAAUGUUCAACGUGUCCGUGAAGACCUGCUGUUUACUUGGUGUCAAUCAAAAGUUUGCUCUGAGCUAUGUUCUGUGGACGUUUUAUUGAGACAAACCCGAUGACAUCACGGUGGUGAUGAUGAUGCUAUGCAUCAACUGAUGGCUGAUCACAUCUGUACUGUAGUUUUUCAGCUUCAUGUUAACUUCUCUGAUCUGUGGAGAAAACUAUCGAUCAAAUAUUGUUUCGGUUCUAAGGGACUCAGUGACGUGAACCUGCCCUCCUUCUGCUUGUUAGGUCUCAUUUUCUUCCACGUUUGUGCCUUACCGAGUGCCAAACAGCCGCGUCGAGACGUUGACACGAUGAGUCCUCGAGUGCCAAACGUUUUGUGAAUUAGUGAUGCUGCUGCUUCAUCGUUCAUUUCUUUGGUGUUUUUUUUAUAUAUAUACAUAUAUAUAUAUAUAUGAAUAUUUUUCAUCAUUGGAUGUGGACAUUUUAAAAUGGACUCAACCUUUGACUGUUAAGUUUCCAUCAUCAAAGUGGAAUCAGACGAACAAAGACAUGAAACUGCGCCUCCUCACGCACCGACUGAUUCCAGUGGCUCCAACUGUAAACUGAAAUAUUAAACUUUAUUA